AUGGCAUCGAAUGGCGUCGUCGCUCCUGUCGCUUCUUCAGAGGCACAGGUUGUCGCCGAUGAGCAACAACAACAGCAGCCCGAGCAACAGCUCACUGCCCAGAUCUCCAAGCUCGAAAUAGCCGAGGAGAACCAGCAGCAGCAGCUUGAGCAGCAGCAAGAGGACCAGCAGGCUCCCCAUCGGUCCCACGAUCCCCAGUUCAACCAAAAGCGCAGCGACCCGUUUCAAGUUCGGAAUCUCGCCCUGCAGGAGCAGGACGACGUCUUUGAGUUCAACGCGUGGGACCAUGUCGAGACUGAUGACGCAUACAAGGAGUAUGCUGAACAGCAGUACGAGAUGCAGCGCAAUGCGCCCGUCUCGGACUUUGACAAGCAUCGGUUCAACUCGGACCCUGCAAAGUGGUGGAACCAGUUCUACAAGAACAACACCGCCAACUUCUUCAAGGAUCGCAAGUGGCUUCAGCAGGAGUUUCCCAUCCUGGACAAGGUCGCUUCUGAGGGAUAUGGUCCCUGCACCCUCCUCGAAAUAGGAGCCGGCGCGGGCAACACGGCCUUCCCCAUCCUGUCCAAGAACAAGAACCCCGAGCUAAAGAUCCACGCCUGUGAUUUCUCCAAGAAGGCCGUCGAGGUGAUGCGCUCGCACGAGGCCUACAACACAGACCAGAUGCAGGCCGACGUGUGGGAUGUGGCCGGCGACGAGCUGCCCCCUCACCUCGGGGAGAACUCGGUCGACGUCGCCCUCAUGGUGUUCAUCUUCUCUGCAUUGUCCCCGUUGCAGUGGAAGAAGGCCGUCGAGAAUGUGUACCGCGUGCUCAAGCCCGGCGGUGAAGUGUGCUUCCGUGACUAUGGAAGAGGAGACCUGGCCCAGGUCCGCUUCAAGAAGGGUCGUUACCUUGACGAGAACUUCUACAUUCGUGGUGACGGCACCCGCGUCUACUUCUUUGAGAAGGACGAGCUGGCCGAUAUCUGGUCUGGCAAGCUGUUCACCAAGGACAGCGAGGUCGAGGACGCGUCUGAGCCUGAUAUCCGCUUCGUGAUUGAGGACCUUGGUGUCGAUCGUAGAUUGCUCGUCAACCGCGCAAAGAAGCUCAAGAUGUACCGCUGCUGGUUGCAGGGUCGCUUCAGGAAGCCUUUGCCGCAGUAG